GAUCAAUUUAUCGAAAAUCGCCGUCAGUGCAAUACACACUGUAUUAAGUGUUAUUAAAUACUUGUCGUCGGGUAAACAGUUCAAUUUGUACAUCGCGUGAGUCACAUAACAUAACCGUAGUGCAUUUUGCGAAUUUUGUGUAAACGCUGUGUUAAAACUGCAUCGUGACAGUGCUGUGUCGAAGUAGUGAGAUAAUUAGUUUUAAAUAUAAUCAUUGGUUCCACGGUUCGAGAUUCUACAAAUUUACUACAUGCUUCCUGGAAUUUGAUAUCGCUGUUUGAAGAUAGGAAACACACAAUGGCAACCAAAGGCAAAAGACCAUUACGCAAUUUAACCGCUUCCGACAAAAUCGAAGCCAUUCAGCGGAUUCACGAUGGUGAAUCCAAGGCUUCAGUUGCUCGUGACAUAGGCGUACCUGAAUCAACUUUACGAGGUUGGUGCAAAAAUGAAGAUAAACUGCGAUAUAUGUCGCGACAAUCUACACCUGACGGAGUCGCCGCCGUGGGUGGAGAUGAUUCCGGAGAUUCUUUGGGUAUUUCAUCGGCUGUUCCAGAGAAACGCACUAAGUACGAUUAUACGUCAGCUACUAAGCCUCCGAAAUACGACUUUUCGGGUUCGCUAGGAGUAAUAAAAAAUGGUGUUAGCGCAUCAGGACUAGAUUUGAGCGGCGUUGAUAAACGUAUGGAUACUGUAAUGGACUCUGAUUUGGGCGCUAGUAGCAUGAUGCCCUCGGGUGCGGAUUUAGUGCGCUAUGGUGCUGAAUUGUCUGGUCUCAAAUUGAAGUCGACUGCCGAACUUUUGAGUGCAGCUGCUGCUACUACAAAACCGGCAGAUCUGAGCGGAGCAUCUUUGGCUUCAAAAUCAUCUGAUUUAUCGAUGAGUGCUAUUAGUCCAUUGAGUAAUUUGAAUCAUUUAUCGGGACUUUCAGGUUUAGCUCAGAGCCCCCUUGGUUUGAGCUUUAAUGAAAUUGCUUCCAACUUGGGUCUUUUGGCGCAAUUUUCGCAACAUUCUACAAUGGCCGCGCAUGCUUCUACUCAAAACAGUUUGCGCAAUGUUCGGGCUUCGAGAUCGACAUUGCAGCCCAGUCCUACAGAUAUGACUAGGAACUCGAGAUCCCACCGCAGCGGAGUUGACGUAACUGAUACUGCUUUAAAUCUGGCGACAGAUAAAUCUAACAGGAAUAAACACCACCAUACACCACCAAAAGAACCACCAGUUGACGAUGCUUUAUGGUAUUGGGUGAAAUCUCAGCAAGCUUAUUUGGGCUUGAAUAAUCCUCCUACUAGUCAAUCUACAAGACAUUCUCAGAACAGUCAUCGAAGUUCGUCAGCAUCAGUAGCCUCUAAUAUAGCAAAAAUGACUGCUAGAUUAGCAUCGCAACAGUCCUUACCUGGACUUCCGCCAUUAUCAUCUAUUCCAGAAAGCCAAAAGAGCUCCUGGUUUUGGCAGUGGUAUAAACAAUUCAAUAACACGAUGGCCGGUCAGUCAAAACCGAACAACAUUUUAUUCUCACAACUUACGAAGGGUAAGGAUAAGACAAUUCAACCUGAAAAUAUUCAACAAGCAACUAGUGACAAUGGAGAACUGCCAGUAUAUAACGAAAUGCAUAGUGAUAUUGCUCAAAACAUGCAUAUACCACAACAAAUAGUCGAUAAUGAAAAGGAUUCCUUAUUAGAAAAUAGUCCCAAAUCUGCUGAUGAUAUAAAUGUCGAAAAUAUACCGAGUGUAGAAUCGCAGUCCGCCGAAAGCGAUCAUUCAGAAAACACGAAACCACCAAGUUUAAAGUUGGAUAAUAUCAAGAUCGACAGAGCAGAAAGCCCGAAGAAUCCUACGAAAGUACGAGCUGUUCUAGAUAAUUUAUUAUUUAAUAAUAAUAAUAAUGAUGAUGACAAAAUAUGCUCGAUGGAAUCAAAGAAUGGAGAUGAAAAAUUUGCUGGAAGUCCAAGGGAGGCUCUGGAACAUGGCGAAAAGUUUCUGCAAUGGUUAGAAGCUUGCAGCGACCCUAGUGUCACGGCGAUGCAAGUUAUGCAAUUUAAAUAUUUGCUCAAUAACGUAAGGAGUUAUGCCGAUCGCAAAAACAGCGCAGAUAAAAACAUUCCAAAGGACAAAAUUAGUAGGAGGAAGUAAUUUAUUUUUUAGUAAAGAGAUAUUUAUAAAGCCUACAGUGAUGAUAUUAAAUAUGAAAUAUGUUAUGUAAUUUUGUUAUUUAGAGAACCUUUAUAUAUCAAUUGUACAUAUAAUUAGGACAAUGUUGAAAAUUAAAGAAGUCUGUUUUAUGUUAGUCAAUGUUUAAACCAAAUGUACAAUAAAUAUUGAUCUCAU